AUGAAUGCCUUUUCAAAUGAUGGUAGUUUUAUGGAACAGUUUCUCAAGAGACAGAAAAUAAAUGAAGAUGGAGGAGCAUCAGGAACAAUGUCAAAUGAUACAGAUCCCACAGCAGCAACAUCAGCAGCUGCUACCUAUGAACAACAAUAUGCUGACCCAAAUUCAUACUAUAGCUACGAUAGCUACUAUUCACAAGACCCUGCUUACUCUUCAUACUAUCAACAACAACAGCAACAACAACAACAACAACAAUAUGGUGGUCAAGAUCAAUACAAUGGAUAUGGAGGAGGAGGAUUUGGUGGAGGAGGAAGAGGAGGAUUUGAUAGAUCAUUUGUAGGAGCACCAACCAAGGUUAUUUGGGCAGGUAACACUCACCCAGAUACAACAGAGGAGGAGGUUCGUGGAUUAUUCGGACCAUAUGGAUUCGUAAAGACUGUCAAGAUUGUUCCACAACGUAGAUUUUCAUUUAUCACCUUUGCCGACAUUAAUGCAUCGGUUCAAGCACAACAAGAACUCAACGGAUACAUGCAUCGUGGUAUGCCACUCAAACUGGGUUUUGGUAAACCCGAUAGAAACGAACCGUCGGCACCUGUCGACACGACCAACCCACCAUGCAAGAAUCUUUGGGUCGGUAAUGUCGCCGCUGCGGUCACCGAGGACCAAUUGAGAGACGUCUUUGAGCAAUUUGGAAAGGUCGAGAAUGUUCGUAUCCUCGUUGGUAGAAGCUGUGCCUUUGUCAACUUUACUUGCAUCGAUCAUGCAAUGGCUGCUAAAAAUAACCUACAAGGUAAACCUGUUCAAGGUUAUAACCUUACCAUUAACUUUAGAAGAGAAUCUGAUGGUGAUGGUAAAUUCCAUGAUAGAGGAGAUAGAGGUGAUAGAGGUGAUAGAGGCGAUAGAGGAGGAGAUAGAGGUGACAGAGGUGAUAGAGGAGGCGAUAGAGGAAUGGAUAGAGGUGAUAGAGGCGAUAGAGGAGGAGACAGAGGUGAUAGAGGAGGCGAUAGAGGGGGUGCCGUUAGAAGACCAAACAUUACUAUGGAUGGAAACCCCAUGCCAGCCCCUCCACCAGCCAGUGCAAAGGAACAAACAGUCAUUGAUAAGAUGGCCGAUUAUGUCGCUCGUAAUGGUCCUCGCUUUGAAUCAUACACUCAAGAUAAACAAAAAGAUAGUCCAUUCUUUAACUUUUUAAAGAGUAAUCAUCAAAGUCACGACUAUUAUAGAUGGAAGUUAUGGACUAUUAAAAAUCCAGAUGUCCAUUCAUCAGAUAGCAGAAAUAAUAAUAAUAUAAAUCCAAACAGCCCAACUAAUAAUAAUAAUAAUAAUAUAAAUAUGAAAUUUGAAAAUACUAACGAUUUUAAUCAACAACAACAACAAUUACUACCACCACAACAACAACAAUCACCACCACAACCUGCUCAACAACAACAACAACAAUAUUUAAAUAAUUUACAAGUUCAAGAAUUUAAAGAUAUUCUUACUAAUUUGAAUAGUACUAGAGGUAGUAUUACAUCUUGCAAGAGUUGGAUCAUGAACCAUAUAACACACGCAUUGGAGGUCAUCUCUAUCAUUACUACCACUCAUCAGGCUGGUACUCUCACCUUUCCACAGAAACUUAAUAUCUUGCAUGUAUUGAACGAUUCACUCCACAAUAGUUUUACAUUCCGUCCUUCACCCGAACACUUGGACCAGUUUGCCAGUUCCAUCCAAAGCUAUCUUCCAUUUAUCGUUGCUUCAACAUCUGCCGAGGAACCACCCGAAUGUCAAGAAAAGGUCCUCAAGGUAUUAAAUAUUUGGGAAAACAAUUCCAUCUAUCCAAAACAAUUUAUCGAUGGUUUGAAAAAUGCUGCAACUGAUCAAGCAUAA